CGGGGUCCUGGCAUCUUCUAGUAGGUUCCAGAAGGCGGCGCGUGCGGCUGGGAACGCGGAGCGGACGGGUUCGAUUCGACGGGGUUCCGGGCCGGACUAUGGAGCAGGUGAGCGAGCUGAAGGAGAAGGGCAACAAGGCCCUGAGCGCCGGCAACAUCGACGACGCCCUGCGGUGCUACUCGGAGGCCAUCCGGUUAGACCCCCGGAACCACGUGCUCUACAGCAACCGCUCCGCGGCCUACGCCAAGAAAGGGGACUACCAGAAGGCCUACGAGGACGGCUGCAGGACCGUGGAGCUGAAGCCCGACUGGGGCAAGGGCUAUUCGAGAAAAGCAGCCGCUCUAGAGUUCUUGAACCGAUUUGAAGAAGCCAAGCGAACCUACGAGGAGGGCUUGAAACAUGAAGCCAGCAACCCCCAGCUCAAAGAGGGCCUGCAGAACAUGGAGGCCCGCCUGGCAGAGAGGAAGUUCAUGAACCCCUUCAACAUGCCCAAUCUGUACCAGAAGCUGGAGAGCGACCCCAGGACCCGGACGCUGCUCAGUGACCCCACCUACCGCGAGCUCAUAGAGCAGCUGCGGCACAAGCCGUCCGACCUGGGCACGAAACUGCAAGAUCCCCGGAUCAUGACCACCCUCAGCGUCCUCCUUGGAGUCGACCUGGGCAGCAUGGACGAGGAGGAAGAGGCAGCAACACCUCCUCCGCCCCCGCCUCCCAGGAAAGAGACGAAGCCGGAGCCCAUGGAGGAAGACCUGCCGGAGAACAAGAAGCAGGCGCUGAAGGAGAAGGAGCUGGGGAAUGAGGCCUACAAGAAGAAAGACUUCGACGUGGCCUUGAAGCACUACGACAAAGCCAAGGAGCUGGACCCUACGAACAUGACCUACAUCACCAACCAAGCAGCCGUGUAUUUCGAAAAGGGGGACUACAACAGGUGCCGGGAGCUGUGCGAGAAGGCCAUCGACGUGGGCAGGGAGAACCGCGAGGACUACCGUCAGAUCGCCAAAGCUUACGCCCGGAUCGGCAAUUCCUACUUCAAAGAGGAGAAGUACAAGGAUGCCAUCCACUUCUAUAACAAGUCCCUGGCAGAGCACCGGACGCCCGACGUGCUCAAGAAGUGCCAGCAGGCAGAGAAGAUCCUGAAGGAGCAGGAGCGGCUGGCCUACAUCAACCCUGACCUCGCCCUGGAGGAGAAGAGCAGAGGCAACGAGUGCUUCCAGAAAGGGGACUACCCCCAGGCCAUGAAACAUUACACAGAAGCCAUCAAACGGAACCCCCGCGAUGCCAAACUGUACAGCAACCGAGCCGCCUGCUACACCAAGCUCCUGGAGUUCCAGCUCGCGCUCAAGGACUGCGAGGAGUGUAUCCAGCUGGAGCCCACCUUCAUCAAGGGUUACACGCGGAAGGCGGCCGCGCUGGAAGCCAUGAAGGACUACACGAAGGCCAUGGACGUGUACCAGAAGGCGCUGGACCUGGACUCCGGCUGCAAGGAGGCGGCGGAUGGCUACCAGCGCUGCAUGAUGGCCCAGUACAACCGGCACGACAGCCCCGAGGACGUGAAGCGCCGGGCCAUGGCUGACCCCGAGGUGCAGCAGAUCAUGAGCGACCCCGCCAUGCGGCUCAUCCUGGAGCAGAUGCAGAAGGACCCCCAGGCCCUGAGCGAACAUCUGAAGAACCCCGUGAUAGCACAGAAGAUCCAGAAACUGAUGGACGUGGGGCUCAUUGCCAUCCGGUGAUGCCGCGUGCGGCCCCUCCCCUCGGCGCCUCCUGUGGAAGAGCUGGGACCUCGGCAGGCAGCGCAGGGGGGAGGGGAGGAGGAGCGCGGCCGAGUGUGGUACAGCCGCGUGGACGAGACCAGCGCCGCCUCCGGCCCGCCCAGCACACGCAUGGUCUCCGCUGCUGCCCUCCGCCUCGGUCUCCCUCCCUGCUCUCCCAUAGUGGGUUAUUUUUUAUUUGGGGCAGUGGGCAUGUAUGGGGAGGGGAGGGCGUCCUUCCCAACCUUGGGUCCCAGCUGUCUACGUUGUUAACUCCACGAGCCCCUCCAAUAAAACAAGCCAGUCGGGCGUGGCU